GUGUAAGCACGGAACAGUGCACGAAACUAACCUGUCCAAAUUCUUCAAUACUAUUUACCCGGCUCGUAUAUUAAAUUUAAAUGUAAAAGUGUUUUAUUACUGCAUGUCGAUUCUGUAUAGAAGCUUUGAUAUAUAAAUGUACUUCGAAAUUAUUGCAAAAAUAUACUCAAAUAGCUACAAACAUGCUACGGUUGCAGAGACAAGUGUUAUUUAUCAGUGAAAUCUACACAGUUUCACUACAAUAAAGUUAAGGAACACGUGUAUUAUAAAGAAAGAUUAACCCGUUGAAAAUGGCAAAAUUGUAUUCAUAUUAUACGUUAUGUCCGCUUAUCGACCAGCAAAAUUUAUUAGGUGUUGAAAGAGAUUCGGAAAGUGGAUGCGCGAUUGUGACAUUAGGAAGAAAUAUUGUAAUACGAUAUAAGCUGCAAGAUUUGAAGCAGCUGAGUAGUUGGACAAGUAAAGACCGAUUAACAACACAAGUUAUUUAUGAUGAGACAACGCGUCAAUAUGCCGCUAUAUUUAAUGAGAAAAAAAUACGUCUUUGGUCUGCAGAAGAGACAGAUUUAAAUAAUAUUAAAGGUUAUAAAUUUCAAUCUGCCUUACAUACGAUUCUUACUUUUGAAAGUCAUCCUCCUGUACUGGUACGCAAAGAUGGAGCUACCGCUUCUUUAGAAUGGGCUAUAGAAAAUAGGAAAUCAUGGUCUACAGAGGGCAUUUUAAAUGCUAAUGAGAAAAUAUUAGAUUGCCAUCUGAUUUGUAAUUCUGGGAAAAUUAGUUUAUGUUUAUUAGUUGAAUCUAAAGAAACUUACAGUUGUGUAUUUGUUAAACUGAACACUGAAACAUAUUUAGAAGAAAGAGAGCGUGUACAAAAAUUCCAGUUAAAACAGAAUUCAGAAGAAUUAGUUGGUUACACAGUAUUGCAAACCAAAAAUAGAGCUUGUCUCUUAACAUUGUGGUCACAUGGCAAGUUGUACAGUUAUUCAUUAACUGAAACCAAUAAUGAAUCUAGUUCAAAUACAUUAAUUGGUGUUAUCAACAAUAUUAAUACAAGAGAUCCUGUAGUUAUGACCCCAUUGAAUGAAACUACUGUGGCAAUGUAUGGUGCUGAUGUUUCAGAGGAAGGUGCUAUACUAAUGAUUUAUAAUGUGCAAUUUAAAUUGGUUCAAGAUGUUCAGAAAUUGAAGUUGUAUACAAGAGAUGCAAAAUUAUGGAAAAUUGAAGAUAAAUUGUUGCUUGCUGCUAAUCGACAUUUGGCAAUUGCACCCUACCAUUUAGCACCACAAAGAAUAGCAACUUUACUUGGAUCAUCUUUGCGCUUUAAAGGUAGCGAUGAAAAUGCCGAAGAUGAUGAUAUUGUUGUAAUACAAGAAACAACUGUAGCCCACUGGGAAAAAGGUGAAUCAAUUCCCGUGAAACAAUCGAUAGAGAAACCUCCUAUAAAACUUUCCAGACAGAUAUCAUCUUACGUGAACGAAGGAUUGAGCGACGCUGCAAUACAAGAAAUAUUAAUUCCACAAUUAAUAGAGUCAAAGGACAUUGAAGCAAUUAUAUGGUGUUUGAAUAAUUUUAAGGAUCUACCAGAAAAAUUAUUAACCGAUCUUUUAAUUUUUUCACUAAGAAGUCCUGAUGCAACGUUUGUACCAUUACAAAAUGGUAUAGCUGAUGACUCUUCAUCUUACAGAAACUUGCACACAAGAAAUUAUUUUCUUGAUAAAAUAUUUAGCUUAACUUAUUCUGAUGUUUCUUUGUCAUCAUAUCUAAAAAGUGGUUUAAAUUUCGACGAAGUACUUCAAUUAUUGCAAUAUUUAACACAGAAAUUGGAUGAUCAAGAAGAUUUUCUCGACGAUAUUAUAGAACAGCCUACUGACAAACAAUUGUACGAAUGGUCUAGCUUAUUAUUAGAAUCUCACUAUCAACGUUACAUAUUGUCACGAGAUCCAGAAGUGCCGAUACUUCUUAAUAAAUUAAGCUACGUUUUAGACGAUCAUCUACAAUUAUUUAAGGAUAUGGAAAAUUUAAGGCCUAUCUUAAAAAGAACUAUUAAUGGAAAAUCUUCAAAACUUUUACAAAAAGGACGCAAUAAGUUCUAUGCUAUAGAAGAAAUUAAACUGUAUUGAAAUUUAAAAAUCUCUAUUUCUUUCUUUUUUCCUUUCAGUAUUUUAUGUAAAUGAAGUUGUAAAAUGUU